AUGAUCAGAUCUCUGGCUUCACUCAUCCGAUCAUCCCUCCCUCACACAAGGCUUCCGGCAACCGUCUACCACCGACUAGCACAUCCCCGAACACUCAACACAACCAUGUCAUCCAAAGCCCCCGACCUCGACAAGAUCGAGUCCGCCAAGAGAAAAGCCGCCUUCAAAGCAGUAGAAGAGCACUUCAACAGCAGCAUGCGCUUCGUCGGCAUCGGCUCCGGCAGCACAAUAGUCUACGGCGUCGAAGCCAUAAAAGCCCACCUAGAAAAGAACCCACCCCCACCAAACCACAUGAACUGGUUCGUGCCCACAGGCUGGAACUCCCGAAAAGUGAUCGAGCAAGCCGGCCUGCUCCCCAUCGCCUUCGACUCCCUACCCGGCGAUGCCCUGCUAGAAGUCUGUUUCGACGGUGCGGACGAGGUAGACGAGGAUCUGAAUUGCAUCAAAGGUGGCGGGGCAUGUCUGUUCCAGGAGAAGCUGGUGGCGUGCCGGAGUAAGAAGUUUGUCUGUAUUGCGGAUUAUCGGAAGGAUCAGAAGCGGCUGUUAACGAAUUGGCCGAGUAUACCGAUCGAGGUGGCGCCGAUCGCGCAUGCGAGUGUGUUGAGGGAGUUAAGGUUGAUUGGAUCACCGGAUGCGAAGUUGCGGGAGCAUAGUCUGGCGAAGACGGGACCGAUUCAGACGGAUCAGUCUUUUUAUAUUAUCGAUGCUCCGUUCAAGACACUUUUGUCGCCGCUAGAUGAGAAGAAUGGGAGUCGGGCCGAUGGGAAGGAUGGAGUGUGGAGCGUUGAUACUCUGGCGGCGAGGAUCAAGCAGAUUAACGGUGUGCUGGAAGUUGGUCUUUUCCAUGGUCUCAAUGGUGCGCAAGCUCAAGCGGCGGGCAUGCAGGGAGGACAGAGACCUGUGGCGGUGUACUUCGGGCUGGAGGACGGUGAGGUGAUGGUCAGGAGGGCGCCGGAACUCGAAAAGUAA